AUGGCACCUUCCCCCCCGUCAUCGUCGACUUACGUAUCCCAAUCAAACGGAUCGCCGCAACAUAGACCAAGGAGUAGGCCACGACCGCUCCGCGUCCGAACUUAUAGCGAAAGUCAUAAUGAUACCUUGGAGCCCGCUGGGACGUUUCACAAUGCGCGUCUCAGGCACAAAUCAAGCACCCUUGACAACACCUCUAUGAGUCCUCGAAGCCCGAGCAUGCUCGAAAACAUGAUUGAAGAAGAUGAAGUCGAGGACAUCGUGCAAGAAUUUAGCCCACGAAGCUCCAUCGACACCACACUUUCGGAUCUCUCCACCAUUGCUGGCUCUCUUGAGACGCCAUUGACCAACCUGUCCAGCGCAAGAACAUCCUUGGAGUCUUCAUUACCUGCUCUCAUUCCCUUUGAUUUCAGCAAGCUUGACUAUGAACUGGAACGGGCGAAGCUGCUUGGAGAAGGACUCUGGAGUAGAGUCUAUCUUGCUGAGCAGAAGCUCACCAAGCCGCCGUCAAGCCCCAGUCUCUCCAGGAGGCUUUUUAGAAAGCCUAGAGCACCCUCGGCACCUCUUCUAUUUGCUGUCAAGACUCCCGCCCGCGCGGACGCGAAAGAUGUAUUCCUUCAAGAAGCACGCAUUCUGUCUCGUCUACAGCGACGAUCUAAUUCCCGGAUGUAUAUCGUACCUUUCUAUGGCCUGGACGAACGCUGCGAUGCCCUGGUAUUCGAAGCCGUGAUAGGAGGCUCUCUCGAUGACUUGUCAAGUCGCCUGCGGCAGAUGACUGAAGUCGCAAGACAUCUGGAAGUCAUCAAUCUCUUCCCAGGAAUCGCUUACGAUUUAAUAGCCGGCCUCGAAUUUCUACACACCAGUGGGGUGAUACAUGCAGAUAUAAAAUCUGCGAAUGUCCUGCUAGACAUCUCGCAUCACACCUCCCAGCAGAAACCCGUGAUCCGGGCUCGCUACAUCGACUUCUCCGCCGCUUUCAUGCCUGCUGAAGGAGAUGCCGAGACAAACGCGGGAGGCACCUGGGAUUUCAUGGCGCCCGAGCAAUUACGACUUCAAAAAGAAUUAAACACCCCGACCCGUGCAAGUGAUGUUUGGAGUUUGGGAAUUACGCUCUUGAGCAUCAUGGUCGGCAGUUCACCCUAUACUGCUGCGUGCAACGGCAACGCUUUUAUGCUUCGCGAAGCUAUCAAGAGCGGCGAUCCUAUAGGUUUUGCAAGAAUGGAUCCUGUGCCUCGAAAGAGAUUGGCGGCAUGUCAAGACUUUGUAGAUUGCUGCCGACUGGCACUGAAGAAAGAUCGAGAGAACCGCAUCACAUCAAGCGCCUGGAUGGCGUGGCUUGAAGAUUGCGAAUGGGUGGAUGGCGAUGUCUGGUCGUGCGCGGGGCGCAUGUGGUCGCCAUGA